AUGAGUACUCAUAGGACAGAGAAUGGUCUCCUAUAAGAUUGUUAUUUCGGGCCUUCAAUUGAAUAAUCUGAAGUGAAUCUGUAUAAAAAAAAUCCAUCUUCAAAAAAUUCAAUUCUCUCAGAAACAAGUUAAAAUGAGAUUUAAAAUGAAAAGGAAAGCCCAAAAAAAGUUGGAAUAGCAUCUUUAAAUUAUUAAAUUUUGAAAGCUAAGUAAUAAUUUACUAAGAAAAAUUAAAACCUUUAGACUUCCUAAAGCAAUUUUAUAAAGGGGAGUAGAAGAAAUUUAUUUGAAGGAAAGAUCUAGUAAAUUGAUAGAGUAGAAAAGUCAAGUAAGCAAGACACUUUUAAUUUUAUUAAAACAAUAUUAAAAUCAAACUUGAUCAAUAAAUUUAAAAAUAAUCUGCUUUCCUCAUCCUAUGUCUUACCAUAUAGAAUGAAAAAUAUACUAGGUAAUGAAGGAUAUCUAUAAGAGCAAAAGGAUAAAGUAAAAUCUGCAAAUUAUGUUAUUGAGAGGCAGUAAAACAAAAAUUAGCAAUAAAAAAGCAAAACACUGAUUAACCUAUUAAUGCCAGAUCGAAACUUCACUUUGGUUUGGGAUUUAAUUUCAUUAUUGUUGCUAUUUUUGAGUCUUUUUUUAUGCACACUAAUUGCAUCUUUUGGUUAGCAUUUAUAUACGUUUAAACCCGCAGAAAUUAUUAUAAAUCUGUAUAUAAUUUUGGAGAUAUUGUUUUCAGUUUAUCGACCAAUUAUAUUGAAUGGAGAAGUGGUUUUUGAGAUUUCAUAAAUAUGGAAAAAUUAUUUGUAAACUUAACUGCUGGAAGAUCUUAUCAGUUUUACCAUAUGGUUUUUAGUAUAUUUUGAUUUUGAUGAGUAAAAAUACCUAAAUGAGAUCAUGGUAGUUUUAUAAUUUGUAAUUACGAUUAGGAAGAUAGAUCGAAAAUUCAACAUUCUAGUGGAACAAUUAUAUUUAAAAGGGUUUAAUAGUAAUCUUCUUAAUAUAGUAACUUUAGUAAUCAUUAUUUGUUUCUUUGCACAUACAAUGGCAUGUUUGUGGCAUCAUGUAGGAAAUCUUACUUAAAAAUAUGGAUCUUGGUUAACUUAUUACAAUAUCAUUGAUGAGCCAUUUUGGGUGAGAUAUAAUUACUCAUUUUAUUGGGCAACAAUGACUAUGGUAACAGUAGGAUAUGGUGAUAUCACACCUAAAAAUUAAUUUGAAGUGACAUUUGCAACAAUCAUGAUGUUACUGUCAAGUUGUAUGUUUGCUUACACAAUGAAUUCUAUUGGAGUAAUUGUCAAAACAAUAUAUGAUUAAUAAACAAAGUUCAAACGGACUUUAAUAUUAAUGAAUUAGUUCAUGUCUAAGAAUGAGGUUGAUUAAUAAAUAUAAAGAAGAGUAAAAAAUUAUAUCAAAUAUAAUAUUGAAAAUGACAUUCUCGAAAACCAAGAGGACACAACUAAAAUAAUUAAUGAUUUACCUGUAAACCUAAAAAAAUAAAUUGAAUAAGACAUUCAAUACAGAGCAAUUUUAAAAAUUAAAGUUUUCACUGACAAUUUCUCAACUUCAACUUAAAAUAAACUAUAGAAUAUUUUAAAUGAAGUUAAGUCUACUCCUAACGAUUUCAUUUAUCAUACAAAUGACAAUAAGGAUAAAAGUUUAUAUUUCAUUAAGGAAGGAGAGGUUUAAAUUGUAGAGGAACAAAGUUUGAAAAUUAUAAAAGUUUUAAAGGCGGGAGAAACAUUUGGAGAAUAUUAAUUUUUUACAGGCUAAACUACUAAAGAAUCUAUUAUUAGCGUUGGAUUCACUCAACUAUUCAAAAUAGAUAGAGAUCAAUUUAUUACUAUCAUCAAAUAAAACUCUAAAGAUUUCGAAAGAUUUCAUAAGAUAAAGGACAAUAUUUUUUAUUCAAAAUCAUUCUCAGCUAUUUAAAAAAAAUGUCAAUUCUGUGGUCAAUCCAAUCAUCUACAACUUGAAUGUCCUUACAUCACCUAUUAGCCAAAUUUAUAUAUCAAAAUUUUGAAGAUGAAUUAGUCACAAACUAAUUAUCGGUUUUAUCAAAGGAGAUCUGGUUAGAAAUCAAAAUCUAUUAUGAUUUCUUAUUCAAUUUAAUAAGCCACAAAAGAAAUCUAAGAAGACUAUGCAGAUUCAUUGAAUACGGAUAAUAUGCUCAAUUAUUAAAUUUCAAAUUCUCUAAGUUAUCUCUAAGAGUCUCAAUUAGGAAUAGAUCAAAUAUAGUUAUCAAACAAAUCACUUUCGAAGCAAGAAUAAAAUAAAAAUGUGCCUUCCGAAAAUAGAAGGGAGUCUCUUUUCCCUAAAAAAACUGAAAGUGAAAAACAAAACAAAUCAUAAAUAUUUUAAAAGAAAAAACCCUCCUUAAUAGAGAAUGAUAAAAGGAAAACCUUAGUAAAAGAAACUUUAAUUUUUCAAUAAUUAGAUCAAUUUCGAGGCUAUAUACAUAAUUCUGAAUUAGAAGGAUUUGAUAAAAUACAUAAUUAUAAUGAAUAUCUUCCUCACAACAAUUUCAAUAAUGUAAUCAAGCAACUCUAUAAAGAAAAAUAAAAAUAUAGAAAUACAAAAUAGCUUCGAAGGGAAUUCAGUAGAAGAGAUUAUUGA